AAUAAGGGGGCAGCCCGAGUAGAAGAUAAAAUAAGACAAUUUUAUGUAUGGAGUCAAUUAACACGCAAGAUGAAAAUAAACAAGUUUGCAUUAUAUCUUUGUAUACAUUAUCUGCAUUAAUUUAACAUAUCUUGAUGUAAAAUUGAAUAUAUAUAUAAGCAACAAAUAUUUAAAAUAUUUAAGUACUAUAAAGUGAAACAGCGUAACGUACAUAUAAUAUUAUUAUUGAUUUGUUUUAUGACGAAGCAUAUGUUUCAACACAACCUUUGCAAGAGCAAACUUUAAACGCAAAACGCAAAUUGUAGCACUAGCAAUAAGCAAUAAAAAUAUAUCGCGAGAAACAUUGCAUUGUUAACAUUUCACUAAAAUGUGACGUUGAAAAGGUCUUUAUGAAAGGAAUGAGGGUCCCGAUUGUCUUUCUCAUAAUUAAUGUUGCAUUUGAAAGGAAAAUGAUUCAAUUCUGUCUGUAAGUUUCGGAGUUAUGGUUAAAUCUGCCUCAUACAAUGUGCGCUCCGAUCAAAACUGCGAUUCAGUGUAAAGAACAAGGUCUCACACCGAACUAUCUCCGAUAUAAAGGCGAUAUAAAGCAUGUCGCAGCGUUUGGGGACGCGGCUCAUAGAGGACCCAACUGGUACGACUAUACGUCCCGGUCUUCUGGUGAGAGUGGAAGUGAUCUAAAGAGCAGUCUCUCCUCUCACUCAAGUUCUCUAGAUGACGGAUCCAGUAGUAUCUCUACAAGUCAGUCUUCUGAAGCGUCUUCAUUAGAAACCACGGAGAAACGGCUGGCGACAAAAACCUAUCGCGUGUGUACGCCCUGCCCGCAUGACAUGUUAAAAAAUUACAAAAAUAAAGGCAUCAAAUGGAUUUGCGGCGGUUACCAGCGAGCUCGGCGCUCAUUCAAGAGUGAUUGCAUGAUGAGGUACAGGAACUGCGAGGAUGGAACCAUGUUCGUGAAGUUGUACGACCACCGCUGCAAACCCGACGCCUACCACGGAAGACAUUGGUUUUAUAUUUAUAAAGUUUAAUGAUA